AUGGCGGCAGACGCUGCGGUCGCUUCAGUGAAGCGCAUCACAGCUGUGAUUGGAGGCCUAAGCCGCAGCCUCCGCUGGCGCGAUGCCUUGCGCCUGGCGGAAGUUCAGUGUCGGCGGCAACGCCACGACACGGCACUUCACAAUGCUGCAAUCCAAGCAGCGGCACAUGGAAAUCUGUGGCCGAAGGCCCUGGACAUCUUCGAAAAGAUGGAAAACCGAGACAGCAUCACCUUCAACAGCCUCGUUACAGCCCUGUCCAACGGCAGUCGCUUGGAUCGUGCAAUUUGCUUUGUCCAAGAGGCACACGAAGCAGGUUUUUCUUCAGAGCUCCCAUGGUCGGCGCUGGUUGCAGCUUGCGGCACAGCAUUGCAGUGGCAGCGUGCUCUUUUUCUAGGAAUAGAGCAAAGCGACUGGCUGGCCUUGGCCCCAACGCUGGUGGCAUGCACCAGGGCCAGUCGAUGGGAGAUGAGCUUGGCCUUGUGGGCAUCAAGACCUUCAGGGCACUCACUACAGAUGUACGGCGCAGCAAUUCAUGCGGCAAAAGUGGGUCAUCAGUGGCCUUUGGCAUUGAGCAUGCAUGACGAGAUGCUGAAGCAGUCUAUCCUCGCCAACACCAUCAUCAACAACUCUGUGAUGAGUGCGUUGAGCAAGGAAGGCCUAUGGCAGGAAGCAUUGAUGAUCCUUCAAGAGAUGCAAGAUGCAGAAUGUCCUGACAAUGGCCCUGAUGUCAUUACUUACAACUCAGCCAUUGCAGCCUGCGAACGAGCCUGGCAAUGGACUGCAGCACUUCAGCUGUUUGUCCAAAUGCGCAAGGAGCGGCUAAAGAUCAGCAGCAUCUCCUGUAACUCUCUGUUGAGCGCCUUGGAGAAGGGUCGCUGUUGGAUCCAAGCCUUACAUCUCUUGGCGCGGAUGAGUCGAUGGCGCUUGCACAACCAGGUCUCCUACAAUGCAGUGGCCAGUGCAUGCGAAAAGUCUUGGCAAUGGCGAAGAGCCUUACUCUUCCAUGGCGGCCAUGGGGGCCAUGGUGAUGCGAUCGCAUGGAAUGUGUCUAUCAAUGCAUGCGAGAAAGGUCUUGCCUGGCAACUGGCAUUGUAUCUGCUUUCCAGCUCCAGGCAAAAAAGCCUUGUGGAUGUUCCAACCUUCACCACAGCACUGACAGCAGCAGAAAAGGCCUCACAGUGGCAGCACGCCAUGUUGAUUUUCCAAGCUAUGAGGUCGUCUGGAGAGGGUAUCGAUGCUCCCUCCCUAAGUGCUUGCAUCCGCGCGGCGGAACGGAGCUUAUCCUGGCCCCUGGCACUGCAUGUUUUGCGCGCCUCAGAUAAAAUGUGUGAAGUGGUUCUUGGCAGUGCAGCUGCUGCACUGAGCACCUGCGGACAGUGGGAAUUAGCGCUUUCCGUGCUGCAGGAGAUGAGAAACCGCGAGUUCUCCAUUUCCAACGUCUCCUGUUGCGCAGCCAUGAAUGGCUGCUACCAUGCCCGUCAGUGGCAAAUGGCAACCGCCUUGCUGACACCAAGAGCUUCGGUCAUUGGAGUGAUGGCGGCUGCCGAUGCGUGUGAACUUUCUGCUGACCUCAAAGAAACGCUGGUCAGCCGCAGACUAUUGGAGAAGCAGCUCUUCUGGACUCUCAGAGACCGUUGGCCCUUCCAGAAAGACUUACAGGUUCCAGCCAGCUGGCGGAUGUGUUCUGUCAUGGUCAUAGCAACAGCUGAACUUUUCCAGGAUGGGCCACCGUGUGUUCUGGCUCUGUGCCGUGUGCACAAGCCAUUGCUGGCCAGGUUGCGAAAGAUCCGGGGAUCUCAGCCAGAUUCUGGCGAGGUGGUUGAAGAUCCACUGCUCAGACUGACAGAUAGCUUGGGCCGGUUCUACAGCAGGACCGGCCUCACUGAAUUGAACUUGGCGAGCAAACUACCAGUUCUUGUGCCAAAACCAUGUGCCAUGGAACAUGUCUGGAAAGCGGCCAUGAACAGGGCAGAGAAGUUCAGAUUGUUGUAUGCCCUUCUGUUGCUCCUGAGUCCUCUGGUGCCCAGCCAGGAUUCAGCUGGCCAUGUGAAGGUGACUUUGGCCGGUCAAUGUGAUGUUGCCUUCACCUGGAGCACCCCACACCACGAGUCAGAUCUUGAGGUCCACUAUGCGCCAGUGGGACACCCUGAGAAGAGCAGGGUGGUGAAGAGUCAGCAGCAGAAAACUUGGCAGAACCGCAGCUGGCUGAGGGCCACAGCGACCUUAGAGGACGCUCGGAGCUACGACAUCAGAGUGGCUGGCCUUACACUUGGCCCUCUACAUUUGCCACCUUGCCAGCUGAGCCAGGGAAAUACAACGUCGGAGCCAAGUGAAGGACGCACUGCAGAUGCGGGGAGCUCCCGCAUCGCCAUCGUUGGAGAGUUGGAUCUCAAUGCUUCCGUGCUGUCACGGAUGAAGUCGGACUUUGACGCAGUGCUUCAUUUGGGCGACCUUGCCAAUUCCUUGGUGCAGGCUGAGCCUCAGUCGGCUCUGGACUUCCUCGAGAUGCUUCAACCUGUGGCAUCAAGGAUGCCUUACAUGGUGCUACCGGGGGACCAGGAGGAGCUGGAGAUCUAUCAGCUCCUCUUCGCUGGUAAUCCGUGGUAUUCCUUCACUGCUGGUCAUGUGAAGUUCAUUGUGCUUUGGACAGAUGCCAUUGUUGAUUUGGGAACAGCAACUCCCAAGUGGCAACUUCAUCAAGCAGCAGCAGCAAGGCAACUUCGGUGGCUGGAGAAGCAGUUGCAGUUGGCCAACACUUUCGAGGCCAAGUCACAACAGCCUUGGGUCGUUGUGGUUGGACACAGGCCCAUAUACUGCUCCGUUCUGCGACCAACCUGCAGUUCAGAGGCAGCUCGGUUGCGCUCCGUCCUGGAGCCCCUGUUGGUGAAGUACAAGGUUGAUUUGUACUUGUCCUCUCAAGUGCACGUGUACGAGAGGACCUUCCGAGUAUUGAAUGGAUCUGUUUGCACUAUGGAUGGCACUGCUGAGUGCGGGCCAGUCCAUAUCCUCAAUGGCGAUGCAGGUGAUCCUCCUUUGCAGUAUGCAGACCUUCCCGCUCGCUUCACUGCCCAACGUCAUCCUAGCCAGCCGGGAUACGGCGAGCUUAUGGUGAAUGCAACCACCCUGCAGUACCGCCAACUGAACGCUCUCUCGGGCAUGACGACCGAUCAGCUUCUCCUAACCAAAACUGUGGUCGAAUUGCCUGCAGAAGAGGAAAACUUCUUGGAAGCCGUCGGCUGGCUUGCCUUUGCCACCGCCUUGGCUACAGGCACUUGUGGGUUUGUAAAAUGGGUCCAUGCAGAUGGUCUGAAGCGUCGCAACGAAGCCUUGCGGCAUCUGCGAACUGAGAUCGCGGUUCUGAGUGGCUUGCCAAUCAAGGCCUCUCAUGAAGCUGAAUUCUUGGUCGGCGAUGCCCAUGGAUCCCAUGGGCUUCACUGAUGCCGAUGGAACACUUCUCGGAUCUUCUCGGUUUCGUUUGGUGCUUGCAGCGUGUUGUUCAGCC